AUGGAAGGUGCUCCCAGUCUUCCGCUGCCACCACUCUUCCUGCACCGCUGCCAUGGUCAGGAGCCGCCACUGCGAGGACUUCGCCUCCAAGGCUCGGCAGAGAGGGCAGCCGAAAAUUUCAAUGCACAUGGCGAUCAUUCAGAGAGCCUCCUGGGGCUCGGUUGCUUCUUCGAUCGGACUUCGCUCUUCGUUGAGACGGCGGACCAGCAACUGGUCCCCGUCGUCGAGCAGCUCUUCCUUUCUGAAGUGAGUUGUCACCCCAUCCACAGCGAUUUGUUGCCUGACAUGGCUGUGAUUGCGGUUGUGCCACCGGUGACUGGCCAAGGGAUCCAAGGAACUUCCAUGUGCGGAUGCGAAGCCGAAGAUCGAGAAGGCUGGUUCAUCCUGAUACAAGGUCUCUCCACUGCUUAUGACAUCAUGGAUGUUCUAAGUCUACGUGGCUGCAUUAGACAUGACAUCGAGAACUCCUACUCACUGCCGGCGGAUGAUUCUGGAAUCAUCGGUGAAGGGGCGUAUGCAACUGUGUACCAUUCCCAGGGCCGAGACAAACGGCCCGUGGCAGUGAAGAAGAUGAACUGUCAAAGCGAUUUCGAAUCCAUCGCACGAGAGGUCAGCACGCUGGUGGAGGUGCAAGGGCCCCACAUCAUCGGAUUUCGUGCGAUCUUCUGGCAGCAAGAGGUCGAGCGCUUGCAGGUCUCGAUGGUGUUCGAGUUGGCCUCGGGGGACUUGUUGUUCAAGGUGCUGCAAGAUGGACCCAUGGAUGAACCCAGUGCUCGCACGCUCUUCGUGAGUAUCCUGCAUGGCCUCAAGAGGAUCCAUGACCACGGCAUAGUCCACCGGGACAUCAAAACCGAGAACAUCCUUCUGCAGGGAGAUGUGCCAAUGGUGGCUGACUUCGGGUUGGCCUGUAAAGCCACUGACGAGCAGCAGAUGUCGCGACGGUGUGGGUCCGCCGGUUUUGUGGCGCCUGAGGUGUGUUUAGGCUCCGCCUAUGACUACAAGGUGGAUACCUUUGGUGCAGGUGUGAUCCUUUAUUUCAUCCUCAGCAAAGAGCUGCCUUUCAGCAGCCCAGACCGGGACUCUGCUGCCAUCAUGCGGAAGACCGUGAAGUGUAAUCUUCAUUUGCAACGUCCACCCUUCAGCGAAAUGACCAGCCGCACGAGAAACAUGUUGCGACAGCUCAUUUGCAAAAGCCAGGAGGAAAGGCUAUCGGCCGAUGGGGCCUUGGCGCACUCCUGGGUUGUUGGUAAGACGGCUGGUGGGAAGAAGAAAGAGCUGGCGGAAGGAGAUGGGGCGGCUCUUGGAGUUGCUCCGCCACCUCAGCCACGCGAUUAG